AUGCUGGACCACCUCCUAAUGAAGAUGGAGUGUUACGUCCUGCUCGUGCGCUUCCUGUUGCUGCUGAGGGAAACGCUGCGCCGAGACAUGGAGGGCAGCCACGUGUGCAAGAGCUUCCUCCUGCAGGCAGGCUUCCAGAAGAAGGGCCCUUUUCCAAGACCGACUGGCGACCUGAGCGGCUACGUCGCCUUCCCCGGCUACGACGGAGCGGCGCACAUUCCUGCGGCUGGCGGCGAUGGUGUGCCAGUGGCACCCGUCGCCCCGAGCGAGGGCGACCCGGCGGCGGACCCGCAGCCCGCUGUUUCAUACUCUGGCGGAUUCGAGGGCAGCAACUGCGUCGACCUCGAUGACCCGCAGGCGCCCUCCCACGAGGCGCCGAGCGUCGGGGCCCGCCGCGACAGCGGCGCCGUGUCUUGCGGGGAGAACCCGCGCACUGGGGCGCCCCGCGAGUGCGCGGGCCGGCCUGGCGAUGCCAUGGAGCCCAGCGCCUCCCGCGUCGACGCCGCCGCGCCUCUGCCCGGGCUUGGCGGGCUCAUCGACCGCGACUUCGACGGAGACCUCCAGGUGUGCGUCCGCGUGCGGCCGCUGCUGGAGCACGAGGCGCGCGGCGGCGCCACCACCGGCCGCCUCGCCUGGGACCCCGAGGCCGGCCGCGUGUCCGCUCUCGGGCGCGGCCCGCGCCGGCACGCGGAGGAGGGCGGUCAGGCCCAGGCCUUCGGCUUCGACCGCGUCUUCGGGCCGGAGGCGUCGCAGGAGGGCGUUUUCGAGGGCUGCCGCCUCGAGGCGCUGCUGGGCCGCGUGCUGGACGGCUUCCACGCCACAGUGUUCGCGUACGGGCAGACUGGCAGCGGCAAGACCUACACCAUGGAGGGCGUCGACGGCCAGGGCGUCGACUCCGGCGACGCGGCGGGGAGGGGCCUCGCGCCGCGGGCGGUGCUGGGGCUGUUCCGGCGCGUCGAGCAGAGCCGGCUUGCUAGCUCGGACGUCCUCACGGUGAAGCUCUCGUUCCUGCAGCUGUACCAGGAGCAGGUGUACGACCUGCUGAACCCCGUGCACGCGGGCGCCGGCGCCCCCGCCGGCGCAGGCCGAGGCCUGCGGCUGCGCUGGAACCCGCACCAGUCCGCCGCCGUGGUCGAGAAUCUCUUCGUGUUCGAGUGCAGCAGCGCCGCGGAGGCCCUCGGGUUCUACAGGGCCGGAGUGCGCAGCCGGGCCGUGGCCUCCCACAAGAUGAACCAGGCCAGCAGCAGGUCGCACUGCAUCUUGACGCUCACCGUGGAGAGGAGCUCCACAGAGGGCUCGGACCUGCGGGUGUCGAAGCUGACCCUGGUGGACCUCGCGGGAUCCGAGCGCCAGAGCGGCACAGGUGCCACUGGCCAGACGUUCCGCGAGAGCAUCAGCAUCAACCAGUCGCUGUUCGUGCUUCGCAAGGUCAUCACCGCCCUCGCGCAGCGGCAGGGCAGCAGCUUGGCGCCGCUGCCCUACCGCGAGUCCAAGCUCACCACGCUGCUUCGGGACGCAGUGGGUGGCUCCAGUUUCACGCUGAUGAUGGCUUGCUUGUCGCCGAGCGAUGCCCACCUCGACGAGAACCUGUCCACGCUGCACUAUGCGGCCACGGCCUCGAGGAUCCGCAACCGGCCCACGGUCAACCUGGACCCCAAGUCCCGGCUGAUCCAGCAGCUCCGGGGGCAGGUGCGGAGCCUCUCCGAGCGCCUCGCCGCCGCGCACGCCUACGUCGUGCGCGUGACUGGGCGCCCGCUGCCCGCGGAGCUCGCCGGGGAGGCCGCCGGCGCCGCCGGCGCCCCCGGCGAGCUCGAGGCGGCCCCGGAGGCCCCCUGGGGCCCCGCGCGGGGCCACCACGCCGGCGGCGGCAGCCCCGGCAGCAGCGCAAGGAGCAGCGAGCCGGGCCCGCCCCCGGCGAGGGCGGCGAGCGCCGCGCUGCCGCAGGCGCCCGCGCGCCCGGCGGCGGCGGCGGCGGCCGCGACCUCGCCGCCGGGCUGGGCAG